AUGGAUCGUAGUUGGAUGAGUGCUUUGAGAACAUCCAAGGAGCAUGAGGACGGGGUAGAAGAAUUUAUUGAAUUUACUAAAAAGAAUGCUUAUGACAAAAGUGGAAAGUAUUUUUGCCCCUGUGUUAAUUGUUUAAAUGGGAGACGUUCGACUAUUGAUGGUUUAAGGGAUCACUUAUUUUGUGAGGGGAUAAAUCUUCGAUAUACAAGAUGGAUAUGGCAUGGCGAAAGAGGAACAAGGCCAUUGGUUGACGAAGAGGAAGUGGUGGGUGGAUUCAAUGAUAGAAUGCAUGAUAUGAUUCAUGAUGUUGGGCUGGGAUUCUCUGCACAAUCGCAUAUAAAUGAUAGCUUGCAAAGUGAUGCAGAAAUAGCUUUAUACCCUGGGUGUUCUACGUAUACAUGGUUGACAGCUGUAUUGAAGUUAUUCAAUUUGAAGGCAACUAAUGGAUGGACAGAUAAAAGUUUUACGGAAUUACUUCAAUUGUUGGGUGAUAUGCUUCCGGCUGAUAAUGUUCUUCCAAAUAGUGUUUAUGAGGCAAAGAAAAUCUUGUCUCGGAUGGGAAUGGGCUAUGAAAAGAUACACGCUUGUCCUAAUGAUUGCAUAUUAUACACGGAAGAGUAUGCUGAUCUUAAUGAGUGUCCAAAAUGCGGAUCUUCACGAUAUAAAGUGAAAAAGCAUAAAGAUAGUAGUGAUGAUGGCGAUGCUAAUGAGACAACUAAAGGGCAACCUUUGAAGGUACUAUGGUAUCUUUCGAUAAUACCACGAUUCAAAGGGUUGUUUGCUAAUGCAAUAGAGGCAAAAAAGAUGACAUGGCACGUUGAUGAGAAAAUAUCAGAUGGAAAAUAUCUUCGGCACCUUGCUGAUUCUCCCCAAUGGAAGAAAAUAAAUGAAAUGUAUCCAGAAUUUGGUAGUGAGCCAAGAAAUCUUCGUCUUGGGCUUUGUAUGGAUGGAAUUAAUCCUUACGGUACUCUCAACAAUACACAUAGUGCAUGGCUAGUUUUGCUUGUGAUUUACAACUUACCUCCCUGGUUAUCCAUGAGGUGCAAGUAUAUGAUGUUGUCUAUGAUGAUAUCGGGACCAAAACAGCCGGGGAUCAAUAUCGAUGUCUACUUGGCACCUUUGAUUAAAGACUUGAAGAAAUUGUGGGAGGAAGGCGUAGAUGUGUUCGAUGCACAUAAACAAGAGUCCUUUAAGCUGCAUGUAAUUAUCUUCACGACGAUAAAUGAUUUUCUUGCUUAUGGAAACUUGAGGUUUCUUGAUCGAUUCCACCCAUACCGUAGAUUGAAAAAGGUUUUUAAUGGUACACCAGAACAUGGAUUGGCUCCGAAGCCAUUAACUGGAGAGGAAGUUUAUCGUAAAGUGGAAAGAAUUGAUGUCGUGUUUGGAAAAACUAAGGAUGGAAUCAAUGCGAGACUAGAUUUGGCUGAAAUGGGAAUAAGAGAACGGUUACAUCUGCAACUAAAAGAGGGUAGUAAGAGGGUUUAUUUGGAGCCAGCGGCACACACAUUGUCAAAAGCAGAGAAAACUAGCUUGUGCCGGUGUUUGCAUAACAUUAAGGUGCCACAGGGUUAUUCUUCUAAUAUGAAAAAGCUUGUCUCGAUGGAUGAUUUAAAGUUAGUCGGGAUGAAAUCUCAUGAUUAUCAUGUAUUGAUGCAGCAACUAUUACCAGUGGCUAUUCGAGCUGAAGAGGCCAUAGACUUUUGCAAAGGAUAUCUAUCUGGAGUGGAAGCACAAGCUCGACAUGACGAUAGGAUAGGUAAGGGAACUCGAGGGCUUAAAGUGAAGAGUAUUGUCCGUGAAGAACUGUUUCAAGUGCACUUAUACAUUUUAAAUAAUAUGAAAGAAGUUCAACCGUACUUAGAUAACCAUAAGCAGGUUUUAAAGGACAAGUAUCCAAAGAAAAGCGAUAGACAGAUAGCUAAUGAGCAUAACAAGAUUUAUUGCAUGGUUCAAGGAACAGGUUUAGAGGGAGACAAAUGUUUCUGA